CCCACUUAACAACCCCAACGCUUUGUCCUUCUUUCUUUUUUUAACUUAAAACCGAAUUCGGAUCCUCCACUAAACCGGGUCACCCGCACAUGACCUCCGUUAGCUUCCAUUAAUGGCGUCAAUAAGCUCCUCAUUGACUCCAUUCACAAGCCUCGACUUCAUGAUCUCGUUUUCCGCCGCCAUUGGUGCCAUUAUUCACGCAUUUCAACUGUGAAAUUGAGCAGCUGGAUCUCGAUCUUGUUAGAAUUUCGAAACUUGUGGUGUUUUUGAAAUGGUGAGAGAAGACGUUGACUGAGUUGACAAUUUGAAUGAUGAAGCGGAAGGUUUUGUUACGGCAUAACUGGAAGACGAAGGUGUUUGUGGUAGUUUUGUUAGGUUUUUGUUUCUCUACGUUUUUGUUAAUGGAGGCACAGUACAGGAGGAUUGGUGCGUCUUCUAUGCUUCCUCAGAAACCUAAAAUUGCUUUCUUAUUUCUAGCACGGAAUCGGCUUCCGCUAGACCUUGUUUGGGAUCAAUUCUUUCAGGGAGAGAAUGAAAAUCGGUUUUCAAUAUACGUACAUUCAAGGCCUGGUUUCCUGCUUAACAGGUUGACAACAAGAUCUAAAUAUUUUUUGGACCGUCAAGUUAAUAAUAGCGUACAGAUAUAUUGGGGAGAAGCAAGUAUGAUACAGGCAGAGAUUAUUUUGCUUCAACACGCACUUAUGGAUCCUUUUAAUGAACGAUUUGCUUUCCUUUCAGACAGCUGUAUUCCUUUGUACAACUUUAGCUACACAUACGAUUACAUAAUGUCAGCAUCAACUAGUUUUGUGGACAGCUUUGCUGACACAAAGGAAGGCCGCUACAACCCUAAAAUGGAUCCGGUUAUUCCGGUUAACGACUGGAGAAAAGGAUCACAGUGGGUGAUUCUGACCAGAAAGCAUGCGGAGAUUAUUGUAAAGGAUGAGGUUGUCUUUCCUAUGUUUCAGCGGCAUUGUCAGAGGAAAUCACUACCUGAGUUUUGGAGGGAUCGUCCUGUUCCGGCUGAUAAUUCCAAGGAGCAUAAUUGUAUACCUGAUGAACAUUAUGUAGCAACAUUACUGGCUCAUAAAGGGCUUGAAGGAGAACUGACAAGGAGGAGUUUAACUCACACGUCAUGGGAUAUUUCAUCAAGCAAAGGUCGCGAGAGGCAAGGAUGGCAUCCCGUCACCUACAAAUUGGCUGAUGCUACUCCCAUGCUUGUUCAAUCUAUCAAGGACAUCGACAAUAUCUACUAUGAGACAGAAUACCGAAGAGAAUGGUGCACCAGCAAGGGAAAACCAGCCCCUUGCUUCCUUUUUGCUAGGAAAUUCACCCGGCCUGCUGCCAUGCGUCUUCUUAAUAUGUCAGCACUUGGUGUUUCAAAAGAAGCAAGCAGCCACUCCUUAUCCUUGAUGAGGUAAAGUGUAUAGAAGAAGUUAAUAUGUCUGAUGAGAGCCACUGCCAGCUAGAUUUUCAUUUUACUAGAUGUGUGUGUGUAACUUGUAACAUAAUAAAUGUGUGUUGUAGCAAAGAAAAGGAACCCACGACUGCUGAGUUACUUUGAUGUGGUUUGGUUCAUUCCACCAUUUUUGAAAAGGGAUAAAUGUACAAAAAUCUUACAAGAUUAUGCAAAA